AUAACGCGAGAGUUUGCAACUUGCUCCCAGUGUAGUUACAGUGUCAGAGGUAAGAAGGGGGACCGCGCAUGACCCGGCGAGCGGCUCUGCGCGGCGCUCCGGAGCUCGGAGGCUCCGCUCCGAAAUGGCCGAAUACCCCGCAGCAUGCCAGGUGUGACGAAGACCUGACAGCUCGAGGCACUCGGCCAAGCCCUGCUCGCCCACCCGGCUCCACGUGGGCGAACCCGCUCUGCGCGCCCACCCGCUCGCGCCUACUGCUCCGGCGUCCCAGGUACAGAUGGGUUUCCUCUUUUUCCUAUUUGACAGAUUGGUCGUCGAGGACUGACAGGAUCCACUGUAAGUGACGGGCAUGCUGGGGGGCGGCCGGCCAGGGGGGCGCACCCGCAUGAGCCCAGCGGCAGGUGACAGGAGGCCAGGGCUGGAGCACAGUAAGGAGGGUCCCUGUGAGGAGGCCAUGGACGGCAGGUGUGGAGAGCGACCUCGGCCUGGGAGCCAGGAGCUGAGACCUGUCCCAGGGGCCAUGCUGUCUCAGUGGAGGGAGCGAUUUCGCAGCCAGGCUCGAGUGCGCUGCCCUCGCCCCGGCUGCUGUCUCGACUUUCCCAGCCUCUAUGGCCUCAAGUACCACUACCAGCGCUGUCAGGGGGUGCCGCCAGCAGAGCGCCAGAGUCACCACUGCCCACACUGCAAGGGCGUCUUCUCCACGGAGGCUCGCCUGAGGAAGCACCUGGCCUGGAGCCACCCUGGCUGGGCCCUCCGCGCACCAGCACGGCUCAGGUUCGGGGCACCAGAGCUUUCACCCACCAGGAAAACCAGUGGGAAAAGGCCCACAAAAUCCCCAAACCCCAUCCCUGGGGUCCCGAAGGUUUUGAAGGCCCAGCACACAGCCCACCCAGCCCAGAAUGGCGAGAGAGUGCCCCAGACCCAGCCGAGCAGCAGCAGCUCUUCUGACAGCUCGUCCUGGACCUCUGCCAGCAGUGGGAGCGAGAGUGACAGUCCCUCCCCGCUUCUGCAGGAGGCAGAGGAGCAUGAGGAGGCAGAGGAGGAGGAGAAGGAUCUGGAGAGAUCGAGGCAUAGAAGGAAACAAAAAACUCCCAAGAAGUUCACUGGGGAUCAGCCGUCCAUAUCUGGCACCUUUGGCCUGAAAGGGCUGACCCAGUCGGAGGACAGACCGAAGGGCCGGGGGGCAGGAGCUGACUGGAACGGCUUCACCCAAGGCUGCAUGAGGAAGACCCCCCCCGCCUCCCACCCUGAGCAUCCUGAUGGCCGGGGGUGGCCCACCUUGAUCGAACGGUCCAGGGGUCCCGUCAGGAGGCCCUUACCAGCCCUCCCGAGACGCACAGAGGUCUGCCAGAAGCUCCAGGAUGCUCUCAGUUGUUCUCAGUGCCGGAGGCAGUUUUGUUCCAGGGCUGGGCUGGAGUUCCAUACCGCCGUGGAGCACAGUGACAAGAAUCGAUGUGGCAGAGAAGUAGAGGAGGUCAAGGUGCCGGUCUUCCAGUGCCAGCACUGUGGCAAAAACUAUAGGUCCAAAGCCGGCCGAGAUUACCACCUGCGAUCAGCACAUGCCACUGCGACCACUAGUGCUGCCAUGGGCCCGAAGAGGCAGCAGCCGAACGAGGGCCGCGAAAAAGGGGAGAACCUGGAUGAUGGGGGGAGUGAGAAGGAGGAGCAGAUGGAGGAGGAAGUCGAGGAGGAAGAGCAUCGAGAUGACAGCAGUACGGAGGAAGAGGAACAGCAAGAGCCGGGAGACACCAAGAGGGAGGGUCGGUGCGAACGCAUGCCGACUGAGGAAGAGGAGCAGGCGACAAGACUCAUGUCAACAGAGGAAGAGGGGCAGCCCGAGCAUGUGCUGACCAUGGAAGAGGGGCGGCCGGAGGUGACGGAGGAGGACUUUGGGAGGACACCCAGUGGAAGGGUGCGGCGACGAUCCGCCCAGGUGGCCGUGUUCCACCUGCAGGAAAUUGCAGAAGAUGAGCUGGCCAGUGACUGGGGAGGACGACGGCAUCGGAGGGAUGACCUCGUCCCCGACAGCAGGAAGCUCAACUACACCCGUCCACGACCUCUGACCCUCAGCCCCGGGACGGUGGAAAGGUGGAGGAUGGAGCUGAAAGAGAAGGGCUUCAUCUGCUGUCCUAACACCGGCUGCGAGGCCGUCUACACGAGUGCGGCCGGCCUGAAGGCCCACUUGGCAGGCUGCGAGAAGGGAGGUGGCUCCGCAGGGAAGUACACCUGCUUGCUGUGCCAGAAGGAGUUCGGUUCAGAGAGCGGCGUAAAGUACCACAUUGGGAAGACGCACUCUCAGAACUGGUUCCGCAGCACUAACCACCCAGGCCCCAGCAGCGGGAGCAAAGGUUCACAGAAUGGCCUGAAGGGGGCGUCGGAGAGCAGCGCAACAGUGAAGAAGAGGGGCCGCAAGCCCAAGGAACGACCACCAGAUGGCAGUGACGAGUCGGAAGCUGGGGCCUGCUCGGUCAGAGACUGAAACGUUCUGAUACCCUGGCUGUUACAAGCUGCGUCAGCAGAGCUUCAGCAGAGAGUGUCAGCUUUGUCCAAAACAGACCUGCAGAGAGGAGGGGGGCUCCUAUCCCCCAAUGACUCGUACAACAGCAGGCGUAUAGACAGUGAGCAUUACAAGCUAUUUUCACUCGAACUUUAAAAUAUCAGGUAAAGAUACCAGGUUUUCCCCAGAAGUUGAUAGAUUUUUUUUUUCUUUUUUUACUUUUUAUUGCCAACAAAGUAAUUACAUUGGGCAUGGGGGUGUUGUGGGUGCGUGAAAAAAAGUAUAUUUUAAGCCCAUAGUAUUUCUGAGGGCCAGCUAUCUGUGCUGUGUUAACUUCACUUUGUGACUGUAAUGGUAAGCUAGGCCCUGCUUGCUAAGCUGGCGGUGCUGUUUCAGCCCUGGCCACUGGGGGCGCCGGUCUAAAAGGUUGCUUUUUUUGUCCUUUUGCUGAAAUUCAAAAUGACUAGUGUCAGCUGAACUUUGCUGUAGAUAUAUAAACUGACCGUAUACCCGUAGGUCUGUAGACCGUGUAUAUGUCUAUAUAGGCAGAUGUGUGAGACCCCCAGAUUCCAAUUCUAUUUUUAAGCGAUUCAGUUCUUAAGUUGUUAGCAUCAUUGCAGUUUAUGCAAUGUAAGUAAUAAUCAGAUGUGUCGUUUUACGUUGUGUUUUAGAGGUUUUUCAAUCUAAAUGCUGUUCUCUUUGCACAGAGUACUAAACUAUUACUUGUGAUAAUCAGAUUUGUAUUGACAUAUGCGUAGCAUUCUAAGCUGUUGGUAUUUUUUCCUGUCAUUUGUUGGAGGUUAAGACUGGGAUGUUCUUAAUGGAUGGCAGUUAUUUUGGAUCAUUGUGUCCAGAGAUUGUUUAGCACAGAGGGCAGCAGUGCAAUAUUUCCACAGGAGCUGGGUACAGUGUGGCUGCCAGCGUUCAGCAGAAUGUCCUUCUGUGGCUUUAUUGUCUGAUUACUAUUUUUUGUUGGUUUUCAUUUCUGCUUUGGUGCAGAAAACGCACAGUGUUGGAAGUGCCUGAUCGGGAGACGCUGAAUUGCUUUGGGCUGAGAUCAUGAUGGGGAUGGGACUCCGUUGUUCUGCACUCCCUCAUCUGUUGUGGUGGGGGCUUUUGUUGGGGGGUCAGCCCCGGUACCGGUAAACACAUAUUCGGAUAGAACAGUUCAGUCGUUUCCGGUUUUUUCCAAUGACUCCAGAUGGGUCACGCUCGCCGACAUCAUAUCACACGGUGGCGAGUGCUUGAUGUCAUCUUGGAGAAGCUGAUAAAGCACUAAGUUUUGGAAUUAGAAUUUUGGACCCACACUGUACUGUGUAAGAAAUGCUGCCCUAGCAUUUGGAAAGUAGAAAUGCAAAAUAUUCAACACUAGCCGAAACAUACACGCACACAAAUUACAUUAAUCAUGCAUGCUCUCUGAGUCCCCAAAAAUGGUUCUUAAAUAAGUACCAAGAGUGAUGUCAGUGUGGCAUGAAGAGAUGUGGUUCUUGCACUUUAAAAUACCCCCUCUUCUUCCAUGCAUUUUUGCAGAUUCCUUAACUGCUAUAGGGCAUCAGAACAGGACUGGUAUCUGUCAUAGUGUUAACAGAAAGGCAUCUAAUAGAACGAGCGAAUGACAGAUUUUUAACAAGUUGGACCUGUUUCAGCAUGAGCUUCCAGGUAGCUGCUUUAGGCAGCUGCUGUUUUAAUGUUCUCAUCAUUUGACCCUCCACUCGAAACACCUUGCACAUUAAGAGCGUACUUAGUAGCCCUGUUGUAUUUAUUCUGAUCAUCGUAGUUAGAGAUCUGAUAAUCCAUGAGGUCCUGAGGGCAGGAACAGCAGAUACGAUGCACUCGCUCGGAUGCGUAGCAGUUUAUUUCCAAAUCGCAAAGCAAUACUCAGAGUCUAAGUCCGGUAUAGGGGUUUUGUCGGAGAUCCAGAAUCAUAAUCAUACAAUAUAUGCAAGAGUCGUGCACAGAGUAACCAAGAAGUAAAAGCAGUGCUUAAACCACAACUCAGAGAUGAGACUUUGCAUUCUAGCUUAGGUUAUAAGGGUACCCUGGGUUGUGUUACAGCACAGGUACAAACCAUGAGAGAUAUGGUACAUCUCUUUCAGUAUUUGGGAAAAGGUGAUUGUUGACAAUUCUUUGUCCGUGAAUGAGAAGUUUCUGAGGAUGUGAUCGAACCCCCUCAAUGGGAAGCUGCCGAUUUCAGAAGAUUCAGUUAAAUUCAAUUAAAUUUUAUUUGUAUAAUGCACUUUCACGACAUUACAUUGUUUCACAGCGCUGUUAUUCCUGCCCAGUGCCACCAGAGACCAAGCCAGAGGCAGCAGUGGCAAGGAAAAACUCCCUAGAAGGAAGAAGCCUUGGGUAGAACCAGACUGAAAGGGGGGAGCCCAUCCUCCUUGGGCCAUCAGAGGAAGUCAAAUUUAAAAAGUCCCGAUUUAUACACUGCAGACUAUUGAAAUCGGGGUGUAAAUGCGGAAGAUCCAGUGAAGUUAUGGAUGCUGAUGUCAGGGCAGGCAGGUAAUGGCAGGAUGAGCGGUGCUGGAGGCCAGGCAGGAAAUACAUCACAGGCAGGACGGAAGUAUGUCUCAGGAAGACGGGGUGUCACCGGCAGCAGGGCAGGGGGGAUGUCUUGAUUUUUGGGUCUCCAGGCAGCACACCUGAGAACGGAUGGGGGAAAAACAAAGUACAGUAGCCAAAGUAGAGGAGACUAGAGAAAAAUAGUGCAACCAGUUAGGUGAGUGCAAUAUGUAAGCUCCGGCAGAUGUGGCUAUGGCGGCGUAAGUGAGGGAGCGGCAGGUGGGAACGCAGGCAUGGGGAGUCCCUGAAAUGUCAGCACUCCCGAUUCCACAAAGGGGUGUGAAGCUAGAGUGACAGACUGACAGUUCAGUUCAUCCAAAGCCAAUGGUACUGAUUCCCACCCAGCUCUACACCUCACACUGUAGGUUUAACUGGGAGUGAGCAGUUAGCUAGGGUCCCUAUAAGCUAGACUAAACAAGUUUUUAGUCUAGAAUUGAAUAUUGAGAGUGAGCCUGAAUCUUGCACAUCCACUGGGAAACUAUCCCACAGCUGCAGAGCACUAUAAGAGAAGACCCUGCAGCCUGCCAUAGCACUUUCUGCUCUAUGUACUAAUAGAUAUCCUGCUUCUUGAGAUCGAAGCAGGUGAGGAGGGUUGUAAGAGCCCAGUAGAUAUCGAAGAUAUUCUGGCACAAGGCCACUCAGUGCAUUAUAAGUUCAUAGCAGUAUUUUGUAAUUAAUCUGACAUUUAACUGGAAGAAUACUGUCUGCACCUGGGCCACCCAUGAGAAUGAGGGACCAGGCAGUCUGGGUGGGCACAAUGGACAUUCUUAAUGGAGUGAUCCAUAAUGUCCUCUGCCAGAACCCAAGAAUUCCCUUCGGUUAUUGGCCUAUCCAGUCCACCACGUGGAAAUGCUGGUAGUCCAAAAGCACUUGGACAGGAUAUGCAGGACCUUCAUCCAGAAUUACAGGUGGUGGAACCUGGGGGUUAGGAAUCUGUGUCUGUCUGGAAGGUUAUGGGCUCAAAUCCCAUGGCUGGCAAAGUAAUCCUAUCACCAUUGGGCCCAUGAGCAAGGCUUUUAACCCCAUUUGCUACCGGAACCCUGGCUGACCUUACUGACACUCUGCUAAUGUCCCUUUCAUGUCACUUGUAUGUCGCUUUGGAAAAAGCAUCCGAUAAAUGUGUAGAAGAGGAAUGUGGUACCUUAGAAAACUAAUCACAGUCACCGGAAUGACUGUUGAAUCAUGUCAGCUGGAAAGAUCUGUAACAACGAUGCGUGACCAGAGCUGGUUGGGCACAGCCAAGGGUUCAGGGGGGCCUGGGGGCAGCUGACGACCACAGUCAGGACAGUCUUUACAAGCUGAGGUAGAUCUUGAUACAGCGACGGAUUCAGAACUUGCUCUUGGUAAGUGACGACAUAUGCAAGAUACCUGGGUGUCCAGAGUUGUAGUAGAGGAAGCUGUACUGCUGGGCUGUAAGUGCGUGUUUGUGGUAUUUGAUUCAUUAAUUCCCACCAUUUUGAAGCUACCUGUACAAUGCAUGUGAUGGGAAUAUAGUGUCUGGAGUGUCGUGAGCCUAUGAAGAGUCAUUGAGGGGAGAUGAUGCAUCAGCCUUUGCGUUCAUAGAUCCUUGCUUAUAAAGAAGGAUAAACCAAAAAAUAACUGACUAACAGGGACCAGCAUGCCUGACUAGGGUUCCAGCUCUUAGAUGUUCCAAAGUGUUCUAUAUUUUAAUGAUUGGUAAAGAUGAGGAAAGAACGUUGCGUCUUCCAGCCAAUGUCUCAGCCCUUUGAAGGCCACCUACAGCUGACCGUUCCCGAUUCCUAAUAUCUUAACUCCUUUCUACUAGCUUUCUGGAGAAGAAGAUACAUGUAUAUAAUUUAGGCAGUUCACGUUGUCUUCUGAAAAGAACGGUCUGAGGCAUCCACCUCUACAGUAAAAGGCACGGAAGGGUCUGGAUGUAAUAGAAGUAGUGGCAUGUCAGAUGUUCACUUCCCCAGAACUAAGGUUUGCUUCUCCAUUGGUUGUACAUGGAUCCAUAUUGGAGCAAAAGUCCUAAAUGGCUGUAGAAAUUUGUGAUUCCCAAAAACCUCUUAAUUCUCUUUAUUAUAAAUGGUAUAGGCUAGGUGAUCCCAAUUUCUGGAUGUCUGCAGGCCAGCUUACAUUAUACACAAUUUGCUGAGCAGUGGGGUCAUUCAUGAUAGCAUUUGUAUAACAUUUUCAUGUAUCAUGGUUUUAUUUUUUUUCCAAUACAGGAUGAUCCCAUAACAAAUGGGGUGGGUGGCAGGAAGCCCAAUGAAAUACUUCUGCUAGCUGGGGGGUCAGUAUGGAUGAACCUUUCACUGCUUCCCCCUGCUUCCAUUUGUACACUUUGAAUAUUUAUCACAUAUCCAAGGAAGCUGGUUUCUAUUGUAUGACAUUCACAUUUCUUACGAUCCAAGAGCUUCUGCAAAACGUCCAUAUGUGUCCUACAUGGCUCUUGUAAUCUGAGGAGUAGAUCAGGAUAUUGUAAAUAUCCAUAAUAAAUCCUUCAUGUAGAAUGUGAUUAAUGAAGUCUUGAUGCCCUUUGCAGGUCCAAAACAGUGAAAUAUUUAGCUUCCCUUAACUGCUGCAGGAGUCAGAGGUAGAGGGUAGCAAAUCUUGAGGUCAUUCAGAGUGCUAUAGUAAAUGGCCAUAUACCCCCAGUAACAAAAAGCUGGCCAUGACAGAUGAAGCUGAUGGGCAGGUGAGUCCUUGACUCAAAGCUUCCGGUAUGUUUUGUUCCAUAGCUUUAGCUUUAGGAAUUUACAAAGGUUGGAUACGAGCCCUAGGGGAAGUGGCUACAGACCUGUGAGCAGUGAAGCCAUUAAUGUAAUCCACAGAUAGCGCCCGCAAAGCGACACCUAUCUUGGGUCAGCCGUAUUUAUGUGUUCGGGCUGAUGGUGGUGCUGGCUCACCUCUGCCUACCUGGGAUCCAGCCGUCUGUGUGCUUGAUGUAUUACUUCUGUCCUUGACAUACUCCACUUUGCGGUCCCAUUUUGUUCUUAUAAAAAAAUAAUUGCUUGGUCAAUUUUGUGCAAUGGCAGAAGGCUGCAUGAGAAUCGGGACGUGGUUUUUACAUUGAAAUAGUUUUCCGAAGCCUUUCAGGAAUCAAGGUAAAGUCUGGGCUCGACCCCAGAGCCAAGCAGCACAAGGAGGGUCAGGCACUGGUGCGUUUACGUAACGUUUGCUCACCUUGUGCAUCCAGCUUUGUUUCCAGCUAACUUGCAUGUUUAUUUGUUUUAACAAAAAUAAUUUGUCUUUUGAGUGGAUUGCAGAUUAUGUACUAAAUUGAUUCUACGAUGCUUUUUCAUACCCACAGCAUCUUUAAUACUUUACUACCGAUGGUCUGUUUUUAACAGGUAUCAACUAUAUAUCUGUAUUGUUAUUUUGCUGGGGUUUUUAACCAAACGCUGCAUUUUUUUGUAACAAUGUCAUGUGGUGUGCUGUUUCUGUGAGAGAACAGAUGUGCAUAGUGUACAUGUAGUCCAUCCAAGUACUCAGCAGAAAUGGCCUGACAGCCUCGCAGCCUGUCGAAUGUAUACUUCCUGUUAAAAUAAGCUCAAUCCUUCCGAGAACCAGUGAGAUGCUGCGUCUUUCGUUAUAGGUUUUCUUGUCUUCAGUUCUUUUGGUUGAUCCUCAAGCCAGCAUCCAGCUGAGCAACAUCUGAGGCUGGGGACUGGGGUGUUUUCACGGUUCCAAAAGGGUGUUUUGUUUCUGGAGAAGAUCUUAAGAAGUACAUGCUAUAGUCUAAAAAGUUUAAUGUGUGAGAAAAAUAUUCCGUGUGAAUUUUGAGUGUAGGAAGUUUACAGGGUCUCACUUUGAAGAGCCCUAAAUGUGACUUUCGUAACGCCUUCAUAAGCGAUGCAUCUCGGCUUUGAUAAGCGUGACAACAGUGACGUCCUCGGCGAGGUUGCUAAGUAACAUGCUUCCCCAAGGGCCCUGUGCGAGACCUCCACCGUGCUCUCAUGUGCAACAUGUCAGACGCAACACGCAAGCUGUGAAGGUGUUAUGAAGGUCUUUUGGUGGGCUCUGGGUGGUGCUGUUUACAUUAAUAAGCUGAAAGCGUCAUUGUGAUCUGACUCGCGGCCGACGGCUUGGAAAGGUGAGGGGAGGCACUGUGCCGUGGUUCAAGGUGUACUGUUGAAGUUUGACGUUGCAUUACCCAUGCAAUGUUACCCUUCAUACGAUGAAUAAAUGAAGUUGAAUAAA